GAUAAGUAAAGUUACAUACGCUCUUAACAAGGUUACCAACUCCCCCAAGACUCUCUCUCCCCCUUUGUUGCUGGUAUCUCACUCCAUCAUCCAUUGAAGACUCUUCAUCAUCGUUAUUGAGAGACAGGGAGGGAGAAGGGGGUUUUCCGUUCUUCGUCGGCCCUUCUCUCUUUCUUCCCAAAUUUCAACUUCCCUUUGAAGAACCCAUCUGCGAUUUGAGUUUUUUCCCCCCGAAAUCCCACGACAGAUUCGACAAACGAUGUUUGGAUUUGAGUGUUGUUGGAGCGACAGAGAUGGUGAAUUGUACCCUCUGUUGAUUGAAGAACCAAAACCCUUCGUUCUUCCUGCGCCUCUUCCUCAAUGGCCCCAAGGUGGAGGUUUUGCCACGGGAAGAAUAAGCCUCGGCGAACUAGAAGUUGCGAUGGUGAAAGAUUUUGAGUGUAUAUCGAGUUACACCCCAAAGAAAGGAAAGACGGGUGGGGUUACGUUUUAUAAACCGGUGGGAAUACCCGAUGGGUUCUUCAGCUUCGGUCACUACUGUCAGCUAACCGAUCAACCACUUAGAGGCUACGUUCUUGUCGCCCGAGAUGCUGGAGAUGCAGCAGUUUCAGAAACUGAGCGAUCUCUUUUAGAAUCGCCUCUCGGUUACGAUCUAAUAUGGAGUUCCGGGAAUGUUUACGUGUGGCAACCGAGCCCUCCGGAUGGUUAUCGAGCUAUCGGAUUUGUGGUCACCACAGAACCAGAUGAGCCGGAUCUCGGGGAAGUUAGGUGCGUUCGGGAUGAUCUUACUGACAAUUGUGAAGUUGAUGAUGUGAUUCUCAGUGUGGUUUCGAGUUUUAAGGUUUGGAGCACGAAAGCGUGUAAAACGGGAAUGUUUUGUAAAGGUGUUACGGUCGGGACAUUUUUUUGUAGUACGGAUUUGAACGACGUUGAUGAAUUGAAUAUAUGUUGUUUGCGGAACACGGAUCUGACACUUGAAGCAAUGCCGAAUUUGGAACAACUUCGAGCGCUGAUCGACCACUACGGGCCCACGGUUUACUUCCAUCCGGAUGAGGUCUACUUGCCGUCUUCAGUUCCGUGGUUCUUUGAGAAUGGUGCGCUUCUAUAUCGAAAAGGAAAGUCCGAUGGCAUAUCAAUCGAUAUCAGAGGUUCGAACUUGCCGAAAGGUGGGAAAAACGAUGGCGAGUAUUGGUUGGAUCUGCCGGAGAAUGUUAAUGACGAAAUUUGCGUCAAAAAUGGUAAUCUCGAGAGCGCGGAGCUUUACGUUCACGUUAAACCGGCUUUAGGCGGGACUUUUACGGAUAUUGCUAUGUGGAUCUUUUGCCCAUUUAACGGGCCCGUCACUUUUACUGUCGAGCUAUUGAAUUUGAACAUCGAGAUGAACCGAGUCGGUGAACACGUUGGAGAUUGGGAGCAUUUCACACUCCGGUUAAGCAACUUCAAUGGAGAAUUAUGGAGCGUUUAUUUUUCGGAGCAUAGCGGCGGUGAAUGGGUUGACGCUAGUAAGUUGGAGUUCGUCGAGGGAAACAAACCAAUCGUUUACUCAUCGAAAUGCGGGCACGCGAGUUUCCCGAACGCCGGGACGUACAUCCAAGGGUCCACGAAGCUUGGGAUCGGAGUGAAGAACGACGUUGCCAAAAGCGACUGGUUCAUCGACUCAAGCAAACGAUACCAGUUCAUGGCGGCGGAAUACCUUGGCAGCCAUGUCGUGGCGGAGCCGGAUUGGUUGCAGUAUAUGCGGGAAUGGGGGCCAACGGUGUUGUACGAUGGGCGGUCGGAGCUCGAAAAGAUCAUCAGCCACCUGCCGUUUCUCAUCCGGCUGACGGUGGAGACGCUGAUCGACUUGUUUCCGAUGGAACUUUACGGCGAAGAAGGGCCGACGGGGCCGAAAGAGAAGGAUAAUUGGUACGGAGAUGAGAGAUGUUAAAUGUGUAUAAUUAAUGCAAUGAUGGGUUGUACGUUUGUGUACUACAUUUAAUGCAUGGAGAGUGAGGGUGAGUGUUGAUGUAUCCAUAUUUCCAUGUGUUGGUUUGUAUGUUGUAUGAUAUUUAAUUGCAACAAUGCUUGAUUGAUGAAUGAUAUGUUGUUUGCUGUGUGUAUCUCGA